AAUCGCCCAAGCUGAGAAUCGUGUCUCCCUCUCUUGUCUCUCUGUUCCUUUCAUUUCAAUCUCAGGAGAUCAAUCGAUGGCAUCACGGGACAAGAAACCUGCGAAGCCUUCAAGCAGCAGAGACAGUCGAAUCCGCACGCUUUCCGAUCUCAACCGCCCCACAGCUCCGGAUUCUGACAGCGACGACGAUGCGCCUCAGGAGUACUACACUGGUGGCGAGAAGAGUGGCAUGCUAGUCCAAGAUCCUUCAAAAGGUAGCAAUAAUGAUGUUGAUGCCAUUUUUAAUCAAGCUAGACAGCUUGGAGCUGUAGAGGGACCCAUUGAUCAGUUGAAUCCAUCGUCAAGCUCUAGAAGCUUUGCCGGAACUGGUCAAAGACUCUCAGGCGAUGCUGUGCCACCUGCUCCUCAGCAGCCUGAGGCUGUUGUUCACAACAUUGUUUUCUGGAGCAAUGGUUUCACAGUAAAUGAUGGUCCUUUGAGGAGGUUGGAUGAUCCUGAAAAUGCAUCUUUCUUAGAGAGCAUCAGGAAGUCUGAGUGUCCAAAAGAGCUUGAACCUGCUGACAGAAGGUCCUCAGUUCAUGUCAAUUUGAUUAGGAGGGAAGAGAAGUGUCCAGAACCAGAGAAAUGCCAUGUUCCAUUUCAGGGAGUGGGAAGAACUCUUGGUAGCAGCAGUACUCAACCAGCCCCUGAACCAACUGCUACUUCAGCUUCUUUAAAUUCUGCUCACAUCCCUUCCACGGGCCUCGCUAUCGAUGAAGCAUUGCCAUUAACUUCAGUUCAGCUUAGGUUGGCUGAUGGUUCACGCCUGAUAGCUCGCUUCAAUUACCACCACACAAUCAACGACAUUCGUGCAUUCAUUGACGCAUCCAGGCCAGGGGGUGCUCGGAAUUAUCAGCUGCAGCUGGUCGGAUUCCCUCCUAAAGUUCUUAACGAUCCUACCCAGACCAUAGAGCAGGCCGGCCUUGCCAAUUCUGUAGUCAUUCAGAAAUUCUAGCCUAAGUCGCAUGAUGUUUGUCCACCCUUUUAAGUCGUUUCUCAGUUGCUUAUUGUAAUAAGUACCAAUCCCAUCAACUUAGAACUUCAAAUGUUUAUUUUUUAUACACAUGAAAGGAGGCGGCUUGUCAAGCUUGUUUUGUGCUAGUUUGUUGACUCUAGUUGUUGAA